GCAAAUGUCCGCACGCUUGUUAGGGCCACAAGCUAGCGAUGACGUAACAGUCCCAAACCACCACCCGUCCACGUUUCGAUCGGUCGACUAUGGCUGCCGAGUGCCCAGCCCCAUGGUGGCACGUGAGCUGUCAUCAUUGUGUGUGUGUUGCGGUGGGAUUACAUCCAUGGCGACGCUUGCGCGACUCUCGCGCGAAAAGGAACAACAACGCUCACUCGCGCUCCAAAGGAACGGCGUUCUUCGCCAUAUAUGUUUUCUGUACAGUCGUGUCCCAGCGCUUUUUCCAACGAUAUUUUUGCGGUAGUGCUAAAGCUCCUGAUUUCCGCCUCUCAUUUCAAAACCCUGCGCUACUUGGAGAUUAAAUGGUUUCCUGCUUGCCGCAAGCAGCGCUCAUCUCCACCGAACCCGUCAUGGCCGGCGAAAAAUCCGCCGCAUUUUGCGCAACCGCAGCUGCCGUCACCGGCGGAGAUUUCGCGAUCUCCAGUCGCGCCGCGCCCAUUCCACGUGUGCCGACUCUAGCGCCGGCUCCGUCGCUCGAGAAGCAGAUCCAUCGCCGGCAAAUGCGCUCGUCCGCAGCUAACUUUGCCGCCGCACGCGGCGCGGCGCAGAGCAAUGGCGACGCCGGUGACGCAACGGCGACGACGCACGCAGUGCAACGGCCUUCGGGCCAAAGAAGCGCCGCCGCGACGGCUUUGGCCGAAGCAAUCGCGGAGUUUACUGCUGCCACUAGCAGUAGUAGUCGUAUUAGUAGUACUACGCGCGACCCCGGCGGCGGCGGCGGCGGCGGCGGCGGCGGCAGACCCCAUUUUCUGUCGGCUUCGCUCUCGGGACUCCUCGCAUGGGAGGCAACGGCGAAGACGACAGCGCCGACGCAGGGCCGCGCGACGGCUUUUGAGUCGACUGGAAACGCGAGCAGACAGAGACCAUCUCUGUCCGUCAAUCCGACGCUCGGAGUCGCCUCCGGCUCGAGCCGUCCCGGCGACGGCAGGCUGAACCGGCUGGGAUCCGCUGACGUGGCGCUGCUGUGCGGCUCGAAAGACUCCCGUUCUAGUGGUUGGAAGAACUCCCCUUAUCCGGAAGCGCCAGAGGGCGCGGCGAGCUGCGGCGGCGGCGGCGGCGGCGGCGGCGGUGGUGGUGGCGGUGAUGCCACCUGCUUUGCUGCCAGCGAUGAUCGGCGCGCUGUCUGCUUGAAUAUGGAAGACGUGCAAGGCAUGGCAGCUCACAAGGACUUGAACAAGAUCUCCAUCAGCAGUAUCGACAUUGUUUCGGUUCCUGGCUCCCUCUUCCCGGCGACCAAUCCAGCGCCUGCAGCUGCUGCUUCUACGACCCCCUCUUCUGCUGCCUCCACUAGCUCUUCUGCCGCUGCUGCUGCUGCUGGCGCCGCUGCUGCUGGUGCUGAAUACGUUCUCUGGGGCGUUCAAUUCGCUGACAGCCCCGCCUGGGUUUUCCGCUCGCCCAACUCAUCCCAUGCUAGGCUACAGCCGCCACCUGCAGCUGUAAAAAAUGGGCGUCAGGUGGCUACAGCCGGUGCUAUGGGCACUGUUACCACCAGCCGGAGGGGUGUUAACCGCCGUUCCCCCCUCUCGCCUCCAUCACUUGCCUCUCACUCUCCUCACUCUCCUCACUCUCCUCACUCUCCUGCUCCUCACUCUCCUCACUCACCUGCCUUUCACUCUCCUCACUCUCCUUCUCCUCACUCUCCUCACUCUCCUCACUCUCCUCACUCUCCUUCUCCUCACUCUCCUCACUCUUCUCACUCUUCUCACUCUCCUGCUUCUCACUCUGCGUCGCCACAUAAGCCAGACACCACAAUUUCUCCAUGGCAAAGAUCUACAAGCCGGUUAUCACCCACACGGGGGGGUGUACGCUCCAUACUUAUCCCUACAAGCAGCACGUCUGCCAUUCUACCUGCAGCUGCUGCAGCUGCCACUUCGGCUGCUGCAGGUUCUGCUGUCUCUACCAUCUCUACUGCUCCCACUGCUGCAAAAGCAUGCAGUGGGGCUUUAAUCCUCCGUCCACCCUAUGACAUCAUCCCAUUCCACCCACCAACAGUUGAGAUCUUACCCACUGCUGCCCAAACUUAUCAGCAGGUGCCUAAGCGGCCACACCACCGACGCAGGUCCCUGUCAGACAUCCCCUCCUCCGUCUCCUCCUCUGUCCUCUCAUCCCCAUUUACCUCCUCCCUCUCCCCCUCCUCUGCUGCGUCUCCCUCUCCGUCUUCCACCACCUCACCUCGGUUUUCACCUGGAAAUUCACCUGCCGGCACGAGCCCAACCGAUAAGGCAACCACCAAGCCCAUUAGCCCCCAUGGACUUGCGGUCACUUCAGGCUCGGGGUCAGGUUCGGGUGGUGCGUCUAGCUUCGGCGUCUGGGUUGGUGGACCAACCAGACCUACCUUUGCUGAGGCGCUUACUGCUUCCAGGCUAAAGCAGGGGAGUGAUGCAAAUAAAGCCGUGAUUGGGUCGCCACAGGAGCUGGAUUCAUUAAAUGAGCCUGAGGCUAUGAAGCGGAUUGGGUUCAACUUUCAGGUGGAUCUGGAUCAGAUGCCCAAGUACAUGACAGAUGAUGAACUUAGCCACUUUAUAUUUGAUGUUUGAGAGGGUACAAGCCAAUGUUGUAAUAACAAUGUGAUUGACAA